CAAAUUGGUAAUGGAAUACCCACGGGUUUUACUUUUACCUGCUCCAGGUAUUCUUGCUCGCGAAAAAAACAGCCCUAGCCAAUCAAAUCCUCCUCCCCUGACUGCCCUGCCCUGCCCUGCCCUGCCACCGCAGCCAUCCAUCUCGACGCCGUUUUUCCCUUGUAGUCGUCCUCCUCUACUGGGCUGCCGUGGUGCGGAGAUACUCCCGAACUUGGAUCGGCGUCCUCGUUUUGGAUAUUUUUGACCACAUGCAUCCUUUCGGAUUUUUCUAGUUCCUAAACCCUUCUUUCAGACUGGCAGAUAUCAAGAGGUCAUACACAUCUCGCACCUCUAAGUGGGUGUGGGUCUGCAACAGUCCAGCAACUAAUUUAUCCUUGCCUUUGGGAGUAAACCCAACCUACAUUUGGAGACUGCGCCGAGCUUUGGAGGGUCUUUUUGUUGAUUACGGUUAAUUCCCAACAGCAGCUGAGAUGUAACAAAUUUGCUGAGCUGAGUUCUCUAAGAUAAUCCUGUGAUUAGCAAUGUGAUUGGUUCAACAGUGUUUUUGGCGUAUUGGUGAUCACAAUAAUCUGGUGUUAGCUCAGUAGACUUCAUAAUUGGCUUCUUAUGGUUAGGUUCUUUUGCUUCCCAUCCUCUACUGCACAACACAGAUCAAAGGAGGGCUUUCCGCCAGCAGAUAAAACCAUGCUUGCCACUUCAAAGAAGUAUUCUCGGGAUCAAACUGUGAAGUCCACAACUGGAUCAGCGAGUCCAAACCAGAUGACAGAUGAAAAUAAUCGUUCAGCUGUUAGUGGGCAUUGUGGCACUAGCCCAUCAUCUCAUCAAGAAUGCUGGAGGUCAGAAGAUUUGAAUAAUUAUGCAUGCUCUAAUGACAGCAAGGAGGUUGGGCACCUAAAGAAGAGCCAGUCUUUUGGAAACAUGCUUCUAAAGGAUCGUGAUCAUAAUUGUAGUGAAGGUAUUGUGUGUGAUAUUAGUGACCAUGGUCAUAAAUGCCACCGCUCAAGUUUCAAGGUCAGUACAGCUGUCGGAGAAUCUACUAAGUUGUGCAGCACGAAAAACGAAGAUGCUUUUGAUGCCUCAUCUGACCUGAUCAGCCAUGAAAUUUGUGAACAUUCAGGUGAUCAUGACCUUGACUCUGAUAGCCAUCACAUGUCUUAUGCCCAAAGCAAAUUUCCAAGAUCACAAUCUGCUGUAUUUCAGAAUAAUUACACUAGUGAUCCAGAAGGUUCUGUUGAUUCUGAGAUGCUAGGGUCUCGGUGCAGAUCUUUUGAGGGUUUAUGUUCCCUGAUUGAUGAGGAGGUUGACUACCCGAGUGGUGGCGAAAUGCAUCCCUGUAAAUCAAAUUUGGAUGUGUAUUGUGCACCUUCUCCAGAUGUAUACAAGACAUUAAACAUGCAGAACAAUGCUUCAGUUGGUUGCUCUGAUGCUGCUGAAGAGGGUCAACGAUCCACUGGAAGCACAAACGACAAUUUUGUCAGGGAUGGGAUGCUAGUAGGUCAUGAAUACUGGGAUAGCAAAUACCUUAGCGGCGACCACUCUGUUGAUCCAGUUGCCCCUUUUUGUGCCAAUUCGCGAGAUGUUUAUCACCAUUCUGGCAGUGAUGGUGGCCUCGGUGAAGCUACGGAUCAAGAGAGAGAAGAGAAGCUGUGGUACAGAGAUAACACACUCCACCAAUCACUUGCUGUCGAAAUGCCUGACUCGAAAAACAUUUCUGAUACAAAGGACAUCAGUGAAGAAGUUGAACACGAUAGAACUGAUAUUGAUGGGGACCCAAAUGAACUUACUCCAAGAACUUACAGCAUUAAAAGAAUUGAGGAUUGGAUCAACCAAAUUGAUAUCAAUGAUAUCACUGUGGAUGAGCAAGGAGAAAGUUCGGUUUCUGCUUUGGCAAAAUCUAUUGAGCCAAUAGCUGGUGUUCCUGCUGUGCGGCCUGAUGCUAAAAGUCCCCUUGGUAUGGAGAUAGCUUACACAUAUAUUUCAAAGUUAACUCCUGCUUCAUCAUCGGCACAGUUGGCAAACCUUGGUUUGGUUGCAAUCCCAAGACUGACCACAUUCUCAGGCUUACGCCUAUUAAACCUAUCAGGGAACUCAAUUGUACGAGUAACUGCUGGAGCUCUUCCGAAAGGUCUUCACAUGUUAAGCCUGUCGAAGAAUAACAUCUCAACAAUUGAAGGGCUUAGAGAAUUGACACGUUUGCGCUUGCUGGAUAUCAGCUACAACAGGAUAUCAAGAAUUGGCCAUGGUUUGGCCUCCUGUUCCUCGUUGAAGGAGUUAUAUCUAGCUGGUAACAAGAUCAGUGAGGUAGAUGGUCUUCACCGCCUUCUGAAGAUUAAGGUUCUGGACUUAAGCCAGAACAAGAUUUCUACAUCCAAGGGCCUCGGCCAGCUAGCUGCAAAUUACGAUUCUUUAGAAGCCAUUAACCUUGAUGGCAACCCCACACAGAAGAAUGUAGGUGAUGAGCACCUGAAGAAGUACCUGUUAGGUCUGUUGCCAAACCUUGUUGUCUACAACAAGCAGCCUAUAAGAGCCACUGGCUCAAAAGAGGUCUCGGACCGUCAUACCCGCAAAAUUUCUUCUUCCCAUCGCUCUGAUCGGGGUGUUAGAUCGGAUCACACAUCUUCCAGGUUUGUGGCUGUCUCAUCUUCUCACAAAUCACAGAGCUCACGGCAUGCUCGUUCUGGAUAUGCCUCAGGCUCUUUGCUGAAGCAUUCAAGGGGCCGAAACAUGCCCAUGCCAUUGCUGGGGUCCAGACCAGCAGAAUAUGUGGCUGCCGUUGAUGUGGCAAAGCAAGGUCAAAUCGAAGGAAAGGUGCAAUAGGACCAUUGUUCUGCAAAGCAAUGAAACGAACAACCAGCUUUGCUUGUCAUUUUUUCCCCUUGUGAAUAAAGCUCAAAACAAUAAGCUUCGCAGUCUUUCCGUAUCAUAUAUUUUGAUGGUAAAUGGAGAAUGUAUCAUGUAGCAGCAUUUUUUUGGAUAAACCCUCCGAGUUGUCGGAGACUUGGAGGGUAUGCUUUGAAUUCUGAUGUGGAAUAAGUACCUUGCCGUUGGGAAUUGAAUUGAUGCAGUGCAUUCAGUAUCCA